CUUCAUGUAAACAGUUAUUUUCAGUUCCUAUUGGAAUUUAAUGUAAACAGUUUAUUUGUCCAAUUGUCAAAAUCAGCUGAUAAAUACAUGCAUCUAUAUGCAUGGGGUGAAAGCGUUUCGGCCACCUUCGCUUGAGAAAACAUUCGUUCACCUGAGUUCCAAAAAUGUUCAAAGUACUAUCGAAAUUGGCCGGCAUCUGUGGCUAUGUGGUCCAAUAUGGUUGCAUAACCCACUGCACUUUCGAGUAUUUGGGUGAUUUUGUAGUGUGCGUUGGACCCUCGAUGGAACCAACACUGCACACGAACAAUGUUCUGUUAACCGACAGAAUCAGUCCCCGGCUGAACCAUCUCCAGCGGGGUGAUAUCAUUAUCACCAAGAGUCCCACCAAUCCGAUGCAGCAUGUGUGCAAGCGAAUCGUCGGAGUGCCCGGGGAUACAAUCUUAACCCGAGUGUCGUACAAUCUGAACCCAAUAUCGAACAAUUACACGACGUACACGACGGUCGUCCCACGGUCAUCGAGUCGGGAAGUCAGUGGGAAGCAGUUAAAGUUACGAUGGAAGGCAGAUUUUGUUUCUGAUUCGGUGAGGCCAGGAAACGAUGCACCGCGUGAGGUUGUCCCGAGCUCCACAGUAGCAGAGCAGACGUCGGAAGAGCCACCUCGUCAGGAAGCUAGAACCGGUGUUAUCACGGUUCCAAAGGGUCACUUGUGGAUCGAAGGCGACAAUGUGCAUAACAGUUCGGAUUCGAGGAAUUACGGCCCAGUUCCUAUCGGAUUGGUUAAAAGUCGAGCAGUUUGCCGAGUUUGGCCACCGGCGGAAUUUAAAGUACUUGCCUAGUGUGUGGUGUGUAGUGCUGGAUGUGAUUUAAGCGUAAUUUAUUGUGAAUGUCAAUUGUGUGUUACCUCAGUACAUUAGGCGCGAAUGAAAACUUCGUUUCCAUUAGGUUUUAAAUAAAUUAUUGUAUUUGUGUAAUACUCAAUAAUUUUUGUUACAUUUAGUUGGAAUUUCAUUUUAUCGGAAGAGUUUGGCAAAUAGCUACACUGCAGUUCUGCGCAUAGUUGUCCCAUGUUCCAAAAUCAGCAACUGAGAAAAACGCAAUCGAAGUUUUCUAGCAUAUUUUUCUACCAGAAGCGUUUAGCAUUUCCGUUUGGCACUACACCGGGUUUUUUUUUAAUAAGCAGUAAACUACUGUUCAAUGAAAUAUGAAAUGUUCCCCUCACUUGAAUCAAUCAAGCUUGAUUACGGUUCGAAAAUACAUGGUGGGACAGUU